AUGGCCUCUGGAAAUGCGAAUGGAUAUCUAGGCGUAACACCUCCUAUAUCCACUGCAGAGUCGACAGAAAGAGAGAAGGAGGUUACAGUGUCUCUCAUGGAGGAGCUUAGACGGCAGAAUACAUUCGAGUCGGAAGAAGAGGCGAAAACGAGAGAAAUCGUUCUCGGCCGUGUUGCUGCACUUGUGACAAAAUUCGUCAAAAAAGUCUCAUUGGAACGUGGCCUUUCGGAGGCAGCUGCGAAUGCAGCAGGAGGCAAAAUUUUCACCUUUGGUUCCUAUCGACUAGGCGUGCAUGGACCAGGAACCGAUAUCGAUACCCUUUGUGUUGUUCCCAAACAUGUCUCUCGCGAGGACUUUUUUGAUGUGUUCGAACCAAUGCUCAAGGAGAUGGAAGGAGUGACGGAAGUGUCGGGUGUGCCUGAAGCCUACGUCCCCAUCAUCAAGUCAGAAAUCUGCGGAGUGCAGCUGGACUUCCUCAUGGCGCGGUUAGCUUUGUCAUCGGUACCGGACAAUCUGUCAUUAAAGGAUGACAAUCUCCUGCGUAAUUUGGACGAGAGAUGUGUUCGAAGUCUGAAUGGCUCCCGAGUCAUCGACGAAAUACUCCGGCUGGUCCCUAAUGUGCAAGUGUUUCGUGACGCACUGCGAUGUAUAAAGCUGUGGGCCCAAAAGAGGGCCAUUUAUUCGAACGUCAACGGCUUCCUGGGUGGAGUUGCUUGGGCACUUCUGGUGGCGCGAAUAUGUCAGCUAUAUCCAAGCGCCAUCGCUGGUGCCAUUGUCUCCCGGUUUUUCAUCAUCAUGUAUCAAUGGUCGUGGCCGCAACCCGUGCUGUUAAAGCAAAUAGAAGAAGGUCCACUGCAGGUCCGGGUCUGGAAUCCGAAGCUUUAUCCCUCCGAUCGAGCACAUCGAAUGCCGAUUAUUACACCUGCAUAUCCAGCUAUGUGUGCUACUCACAAUGUAACAGCGUCAACGCAAAUGAUUAUCACCGAAGAGUUCAAGAGGGGAGCUGAAAUCGUCGACCGAGUGAUUGUUGGACGGGCUGAAUGGUCCGAAUUGUUUGCGAAACAUGACUUCUUCCAUAAAUACCGAUAUUAUUUGCAAGUCAUUGCGUCGACAGGGAAUCAAGAGCUGCAAGUGAAAUGGUCUGGCACCGUCGAAUCACGGCUACGGCAGCUAGUUAUGAAACUCGAAUAUGUUGACUCUUUAGUUCUUGCCCAUCCCUUUGUCAAAGGUUUUGAUCAGGUGUCUUAUUGUCUCAAUGAAGACGAAGUUCGUUCUGUCGCUCAAGGGGAGAUUUCCGAUGCCAUUGCUAGCCGGAAAAAGGAAGACAUUGAAGGCAAAGAAGGUGCCGGACCUGUGUACUCAACCACGUUCUACAUCGGAUUGGCCAUUGAGCCUAAACAAGCUGGAGCAACCGGGCCCCGAAGACUUGACAUCUCAUAUCCAACGACUGAAUUCACCAAGCUAGUAAAGAUGUGGGACAAAUUCGAUGAAGCCACCAUGGGUAUCGUAGUUCGACACAUCAGGAGCUCUGGUCUGCCAGACAACGUCUUCGAUCCAGGCGAGAGGCCUGCGAAACUCGCCCAGAAAAGGUCGAAGGGAUCGAGCAAGUCAAACAACACUCCGCCAGACAUGCCCAACAAACGCCAACGGUCCUCCCAGUCGACAGCGGAUCUAUCGAUCAAGUCCGAGAACGGUUUAUCGGCGACCCCAACACCGUGUCUGCCUCCUGUUGCUAAGACCUUGGGCCAGAAAGAACGGUCAGACAUCAAGACACCGCAUCUACCCUUUGGAGAAAAUGUCGCUGUCGCGACAGGACCUGUCGGUGCUCAAUAG